GGGAAACGUCUAUCUGAAUUAUUUUGGGCUGGUCGGGUUAGCGCGAUAGGCCACGGGCUGGGGGCUCAGGGGGUGAGGCGGCCCUCACGCCGCUUCUGCCGGGAAGACCUUCCCGCCGCGGGACCUCGCGUGCGCGCGCAUUGGUGGGAAGGGAAACAGAGGCCCAGGAACGAUCAAAGCGGCACAGGCCCAGGUUACAUAGCGACAGGGGGAACGGAAGCCCAGGCCCUCUGAGGCACCCAGAAGGGGAAAAGUCAGUCUCAGGGCAAAGCCUGAGAAGGCGGGAGGCGGGGCUGGUAUCGAGCGGGGAUCUAAGCCAGGCUACUGGGGGGCGGGGUCAGGACGCCAUUAGGCGGGGGCGGGGUUCCGAGCGGGAGGGCGCGGGUCUGGGACCCGGCGGACGCGAGCGGGUUUCGGAUCAGGCGGAGGCAGAGUUUGGGCUAGAGCAGACGCACAUCCGGGCGCCCGCAUCCUGCAAGAGAAUCAUGUCUGCUUCGGCUUCUCCGGCGGAGGCGGUCGCGAGUGCCAUUCCCUGGCCCCAGGUGGUGCUCUUCGGGGAUUCCAUCACGCAGUUGUCUUUCCAGCAGGGUGGAUGGGGUGCAUCACUGGCUGACAAGCUGGUCAGAAAAUGUGAUGUUCUAAAUCGUGGAUUUUCAGGUUAUAAUACUAGAUGGGCUAAAAUCAUCCUUCCAAGAUUAAUCAAGAAAAGUAAUAAUGCUGAAAAUCUUGUUGUAGUUACAAUUUUCUUUGGUGCCAAUGACAGUGCUUUAAAAGAUGAGAAUCCCAAGCAACAUAUUCCAUUGGAGGAGUAUGCUGAGAAUUUAAAGGACAUGAUACAAUAUCUAAAGUCUGUAGAUGUUCCUGAAAGUAGAAUUGUUCUUAUAACACCACCUCCUCUUAACGAAUCAGCUUGGGAAAAGGAGUGUAUUGCUCAAGGCUACAAAUUAAAUCGAAUGAAUCAGGUUGUUGGUGAAUAUGCCAAAGCCUGUCUGCAAAUGGGCCAAAGCUGUGGGACAGAUGUCCUUGACCUAUGGACACUAAUGCAAAAAGAUAACAAGGACUUUUCUUCAUAUUUAUCAGAUGGCCUGCAUUUAUCUCCAAAGGGAAAUGAAUUUCUAUCAUCACAUCUCUGGCCUUUGCUAGAGAAGAAAGUAGCCUCACUGCCUUUUAUCUUUCCUUAUUGGCGGGAUGUAGCUGAAGUGAAACCUGAACACAGUCUUCUAGGGGAUGGUGAUCAUUAAUUACAUAAAUGUAACUUUUUGAUUUACAUUAAAGCGAUAUUGUAGAAAUAUUAGUGCCUUGGGUAAUUAUGGUCUUGGACAAAAUUGCAAUUUCUAGCUUUAUGUGUAAAUUACAAGAUUAGAUGUUUUGAUGUUAUUUAAUAUUUAUUAACAAUUUAAGGCAAGUAGAACCAGUUCCAUAGCAUCUUUGUUAAUUGAGAAAGGCAAAGACAUUGUUUUUAAAAAAAGUCAUAAAAUUUUAUAAAAAAUGGUUAUAUUACAUUUUUCUCUCACACUUUUGCACACACCCACACACCCCAGUGUUCAGAUUUCAAAAGUAUAACUAAAAAUAUAAUAUGAUGAAUAGUUAACAAUACCAUAAGGCACAAGUUUCAAGUAUUAGUGUAACAAGAAUCCAUGUAACAAAUAUAUUCUUGAGAAAACACACUUUUGUCACAGGUUUGGUUAAUUCCCAUCACUUCUAUAAAUACGAGCUGAAUUAAAUUAUAUUGGCUGGUGAUUUAACUCUAUAAUUCUGUGUAAAUCAAAAUCAACUGUACAUUAACUUGACGUAGCAAUUGGUGAUUAAAAAAAAACUAACAAUUCUGCUAUUUCAUAAGUUGAUUGAAACCACAUUUUAAAGUUACUUUGGCGAAUUAUUUUGUAUUGCUACUGGUAAUAUUGAAGCAAUACAGCAUUUCUGCCUGAUGGUAUUAGACUCUUUCAAA